AUGGCGGCGCCCAGCGCGGCGGGGCUGAGCUGGAGGCUGCGGGCCUGGCUGCCCCGGCUGAUGCAGGUGAGAUGGAGUCGCUACAACCCCAGUUAUUUAGAGCCAGAAUUGAACAAGGAAUUGUUUCAGAAGCCUUUGGAGGAGCUGUCUGAGGAGGAAAAGGAGAAACUGGAGCUUAGGAAAAUUCACCCCAUAAAAGCUGCUCCUUCCACAGUCUCCAGCUCUGUGUUCAGCGACCCUAUGAUCAGCAAAUUCACCAAUAUGAUGAUGAAGCAUGGAAAUAAAGUGCUGGCCAGAAGCCUCAUGGCUCAGACCCUAGAGGCCAUUAAGAGGAAGCAGCUGGAGAAGUACCACAAAGCUCCAGAAGAAGAGAAGGAGACAAUUGAAUGCAACCCUUAUGUCAUUUUCCACCAGGCUCUGAAAAACUGCCAGCCCAUCAUUGGGCUCAGCAACAUCACAAGAGGAGGCAAAACCUACCAGGUCCCAGUCCCUCUGAAGGACAACCGGAAGCGUUUCCUGGCCAUGAAGUGGUUGAUCACCGAGUGCAGGGAGAACAAGCACCGCAGGACACUGAUGCCUGAGAAGCUCUCCCAGGAGCUGCUCCAGGCCUUCAACAACGAGGGGCCCAUCAUCAAGAAGAAGCACGUGCUGCACAAGAUGGCAGAGGCCAACAGGGCUUACGCCCACUACCGCUGGUGGUAGGGACGCUGUGCGCGGGACACGAUGCCACCAGCCCCAGGGCUGCCUGCCUGAUGGAAGCUGGGGAAAAGAGGGAAAGGUGACAGAUCCCCCUCCAGGCAGCUUCUGAACUAAACCAGGGACAGCCCAGCCCAUCCCCACAAGGUUCAGUUCCUUUGUGCUCGUUUGGGUGGGGGAAGGGGGAGCCUGAGUUACCAACCCUGCAGACGAUUCUUUCAUCAUCACUUCUCUGUGAGGAGAAGCCUGAGAUGUUUUUCUUGGAACAAGGCUGUACAAAAUAAUCUUCUCCUUCCGUGCCUCCUGGGGGACCUGUGUGUCUCUGCUCCUGUAAUCAAUGUUUUUGGCUGCACUGCUAAGAACAGAGCUGGAUGUUUUCCCACACCACAACCAACCUUAGUGUGGUUGGUACAAAAGGCAAUAAAAGGCCCUGUUUGAUUUUUUUUUUUUUGUUGUUCUGGUCAUCAGCAACACUGUCUGCACAGAUCUGAUAGGAUUGUCAACAGCAAAAAUAAAUCCAGUUUUAU